UUACCUGGCCGUAAUACAACCCUUAUCAAUACAACUGUUAGUAUUCACUAUUAUGUGAGCCUUUCUUGAACUGAGAAAACGACUAUGUCAUCGUUCGAGCGAAAUCCGAGAUAAUCGAGAUUAUCUACUGGUGCAACAGGUAGGUCAGAACGUCCCACUCGAGUCUACUGCAGGUCACUAGAGACAAAUGGGGGAUCAACAUGCCAGUAAAUACGCGAUAGAUCAACACUUGAACCCAAAAUACUGUCACAAGAUUUAACUGAAAUAUUUACUAGCGCAAAUAAUACCGAAUGGCGGAGUAAGGAGACAAGGCCUACUGCUAAUCCAGACAAGCGAUAAAUGGACCAGACAAGACCAGUUUACACAACUGCAUAAACUGCCUCUCCCGAUUCAAAAACUGUUGGCGUCUUUCCCUGGAAACACUAGGAUUCUUACAGGCAUGCAUACCAAGUAUUUAAAAUACGGUGGCGUAUAUGGAGAAGGCUAUUCCCAGGCGCCAGACGGAUGUGGACAGGCGUAAAUUUAUUUUUGUUUAUGAUUCGGGAUUAUUUUAGAGAUAAAGCAAAAUAUAAGCCGACCACGUUUCCGAUAGGAGAGACACCAGAAAGCGAUUCAGCACAUUUAAGGGAUUUACUAUGUUGCAACAACUCAUUUAUCUCCACUUUUGGAGUCUAUGGCGUAACUGCACUAGUUCUGUGAACCGCCUGCGGGUCACCGGGCGUUGUCAGCGGUCGCAUGGAUGCCGACCUUACACGGUAUUCGAGCACACGCAGUACUUUAUGACAUUUUUUCUAUUUGGGAUGUCUGUGGGUAUGGCAGGACCCACGCUAAUGGACUACCUUGUCACGUUCUUUGCGGAUAUCGAUAUUAUCGACGCGCUAAGUUGGUUGCUUUUCGCGCAAUCUUCCAUGCGGUUUUUGGGAGCAGUUUUUGCAGGAUUUGGAAUUGACAGGUUUAACUGCAGUCGCAUACUGAUGCUUCUCGUGUUCGUUACACUAAACGCCGUCUUCAUGGCGAUCAUCCCGAUUUGCAGGACACUCUGGGUUCUCAUCUUGACGACAGCAGCUGCUGGUUACUGCGUAGGCGUACUGGAUACCGCUACAAACGUACAGCUGCUCGAGCUACACGGAAAGAAGGUUUCACCUUAUCUUCAGGCACUUUACUUUUCUUACGGAUUUGGCGCAUUCGUGAGCCCGCUGAUUGCCGAACCGUUCCUCAGCGGUGCUCCUCAUCCUGAGAUAGUAGCGAUGCGAAGGGAGCAGGCGUUACCGUACGGAGGCGGCAAGCACCGUCACCGCCACAGCAGACACCUGAACAUUACGCGUGGUAUCAGUAUAGCUGAUCAGGCGUACGAGAGCGAGGUGCAGUUCGCUUACUGGAUAGUCGCCAUUGCGCAUAUUCCGAUUGUCGCUGGGUUAGCUUAUCUAUACAUCCAAGGAGAGUGGGAGAAGUACCAAUAUAAAAAGAAAAAAGCGGCACAAGUAUCUACUGAGGUGAAUCUAAAAGAGGAAAUUGGAGAAAAUGAAGACGAGGAUAGAAAGGCGCACUUGGGUCUGUGGGAAAACCCGCAUCGGUUCCACAUCAUUUGUAUCUCAUUGUGGACAUCAUUCCUCGUGUUCCUCUACGAUGGAAUGCAGGGCUCAUACGGGGGCUAUGUGUACACAUACGCCGUCAAGAGCUCGCUACAGAUGUCCCCCGCCGAGGGGGCGUUCCUUACGUCAGUUUUCUGGGGCUCCUUAGCACUUGGCAGGCUCAUCUCUAUACCAGUAGCUCUCUUCACCACACCGGCCAUCAUGCUGUUGGCAGAUCUGGCCGGCACUAUCACUUCAAGUCUGGUCAUGCUGAUUUUUCGUCACAGUCGUGCAGUAGUGUGGUUUGGUACUAGUGCUGUUGGGCUUUUUAUGAGUAACGUUUUUCCGUCAAGUGUUGCGCUGGUUGAGCAGUACUUUGACAUUACAGGCACCAUCACCUGCAUGUUCGUGGUGAGCGCGGCGAUAGGGGAGAUGGUGAUCCCGCUGGUUGUCGGGAAGGUGUUCGAUUCUCUGGGCCCUGUAAGCUUCCUGGUAGUGGGUACUAUUCUUUGCUUUACCGCGCUAGGCGCGUAUCUGGCCGUCCUCAUAUCUGGAAAAGGCUUUAGUGCUCACAAGCAAUCAGUCAGACAGGAAGUUGAGCUCACACCCCAAGAUGAUAACGGUGAAAACACAAUAGAUACACUUGAUGAUACAUCCCAGGAAACGUUAGACAAAAGAUAGCAAUAAUGAAAUAGAUUCACUGACCGUGUCUUACUGCUUUUUCUUUUUCACCCACGCCGGCAAAGCUAAAUCGACUUCUGACCUCCAUCAAUCAAAAUAUUUUCAGCGUUUUUAUUGGCCAGCCCAAAAAUGGGUUCCAAUCACAACUCUCCGCAAAUCAAAAAGCAUUCAAUGUAAUUCCGUUAGUUUGAAUGACGGAAGAUGGAAAGCAGUUUAGCAAUUAUGUAAAUUAUUUAAGACGGCUGGCAAAAAAACGAAACUCGCAGUAAGAAAUACGGGUUGGGACCCAAAAAGUUAUCUGGAAAGAAUUAAGCAAAAUACUGGAUGCUUGACAAUUUAAAAAAUCAUUUGUUUUGGUCAACAACAUCUUAUAUCUUAUAAGCAAUAUCUUAUAGUAGUUGUGUGAUGAUGUACCAUGCAAACAUAAUAUUGGCCACUAUUGCUGUUAGGGAAUGGGGGGGGGGGGGGGGGGGGGGAGGAAAAAGGGAACAUGGGGUGGGGGCCUAGGCAUGGUUAUAUGGAAAACAUCUUCUAUUUCUUAAUAUAAUCAUCAGUGGCAGACCCAGAAGUUUUAAAAGGGUUCGAUUUUUGAAAGCUAUACCAAACUUUUAAGCAGAAUUUUGCCAUAUUGAACCAACAAAACCACUUCUUGGUUUGCCAUUGAAGAAGUUACCCAAUUGUUGCCAACUACAGCGUGUUCGCUGGAUUAGCAAAAAAAAAAAAAAAGGUUUUGUCAUGUGACAAAGCAUAAUCCGCAUUAUGAACAGGUGCACACUCUGUUAUGGUCCAGGGCCGUAGCAGGGGAUGGGGCACUGGGGGCACGUGCCCCCCCCCCCUCCCACCUCGUGCUCCCAGCUCCCCCCAAUAUUAACAAAUUAUAAGGAAAUGACGGCGUGGCUGUGCCCCCAAUGUUUUCUUAAUGUUUGUGUAUUGUGCCCCCCCCCCCCCCCCCCCUAUUUCGAGGCCUGCUACGGCCCUGUGUUCUGUACCUGUCACCCAACACUGAACCACAAAUUGUUGCUAACAGAAUUCCAGGAACAAGGUUAAUGAUUUUAUCGGUGUUUAGUUAAAAAUAUGUAAAUACCUUAUUUAUUUGUGAGAAUACUCUAUAAACUGUCUUAACAUUCAUCAUUACAAUAUACAAUUAAAAUGCGUGUCAUCUAUGAAUGACAAAACGGA